GAGUGCUCCGAACCGCGCGGAACGCUGCAAGGAAGUAGGUCACGAGACAGAUAGUGGAAGACGCGGACGGAUCUUCGGCAAAACAGCGAAAAAUCGGAUCUACGAGCAUCGCGGGCAAAGUGCGGCAUCGAUCGAGAGCCUAAUGCGCCUGAUAGUUUUGCUUGCUCGAAUGAGGUUUUCAAGUUGCGCAGGCCCGGGCUGAUGUGAAAGUGAUCGCUUUUUUUCCCACGGUGACCGAGUGUAAACAUAGCCUCCUAGCUAGCUUGUCAGAAUGAAGAGAGGUCUAAAAGAAGAUCAUGAGGACAGUAAUUCGUCCAGCGAAGGACCGCUGGAGACGACCAAAAAGGUGCGGCACCCGGACGAGGAGCUGGAAGACCCAGCCUGCAACUGGGGGCGGCUGCCCCAGGAGAUCCUGUUACUCAUCUUCCAGCACCUGCCCCUGCUGGACCGGGCCUACGCCUCGCAGGUGUGCCGCGGCUGGAACCAGGCCUUCCACAUGCCCGAGCUCUGGAGGUGCUUCGAGUUCGAGCUCAACCAGCCCGCCAGCUCCUACCUGAAGGCCACACACCCUGACCUCAUCAAGCAGAUCAUCAAACGGCACUCCAACCACCUGCAGUACGUCAGCUUCAAGGUGGAUAGCAGCACUGAGUCAGCGGAGGCAGCCUGUGAUAUUUUGUCACAGCUGGUGAACUGUUCGCUGAAGACCCUCGGGCUCAUCUCCACGGCAAGGCCUAGCUUCAUGGAAUUACCAAAGUCUCAUUUCAUCUCAGCCCUGACGGUGGUGUUCGUCAACUCCAAGUCGCUGUCGUCCCUGAAGAUCGAUGACACCCCGGUGGACGAUCCGUCCCUCAAGGUUCUGGUGGCCAACAACAGUGACACGCUCAAGCUGCUGAAGAUGAGCAGCUGUCCCCAUGUCUCACCUGCAGGGAUCCUGUGCGUGGCUGACCAGUGCCACGGCCUGCGGGAGCUGGCCCUCAACUACCACCUGCUGAGCGACGAGCUGCUGCUGGCGCUGUCCUCCGAGAAGCACGUGCACCUGGAGCACCUGCGCAUCGACGUGGUGAGCGAGAACCCGGGCCAGACGCAGUUCCACACCAUCAAGAAGAGCAGCUGGGACGCCAUGGUGCGCCACUCGCCCAAGUUCAACCUGGUCAUGUACUUCUUCCUGUACGAGGACGAGUUCGGCCCCUUCUUCCGCUACGAGAUCCCCGUCACGCACCUCUACUUCGGCCGCUCGGUCAGCAAGGACGUGCUGGGCCGCGUGGGCAUGACGUGCCCGCGGCUGGUGGAGCUGGUGGUGUGCGCCAACGGGCUGCGGCCGCUGGACGAGGAGCUGAUCCGCAUCGCCGAGCGCUGCCAGCAGCUGUCCGCCAUCGGGCUGGGCGAGUGCGAGGUCUCCUGCAGCGCCUUCGUGGAGUUCGUCAAGAUGUGCGGCCGCCGCCUCACCCAGCUCUCCAUCAUGGAGGAGGUGCUCAUCCCCGACCACAAGUACAGCCUGGACGAGAUCCACUGGGAGGUGUCCAAGCACCUGGGCCGCGUCUGGUUCCCGGACAUGAUGCCCACCUGGUAGAGCUGCCCUUGAACCCGUGACCACCCCAUACCCCCAAACCCC